AUGCGCGGUAUACGGCAUUUGAGCAUCUCCACUGCCAAAAACGCCCAGAAAGCGCUGUAUUCCAAAGGACUUCUACUACCGAAAACCCCGUUUUCGCCGAAACUUCCCACAGACGAAGAGCGUGCAGAACUCAUCGAAAAGUCCUCCCAAAACCUAUAUAAAUGGCAGCUUUCCCGCCCCAAAUCCUCAAAGAAUUUCGUCUUCCACGAUGGCCCGCCCUACGCGAACGGCGAUUUGCAUUUGGGCCACGCACUCAACAAGAUCUUGAAGGAUAUCAUCAACAGACAUGAGCUCAUACGAAACGACGCCAGAGUGAAUUAUGUUCCUGGCUGGGACUGUCAUGGCUUGCCCAUUGAGAUGAAAGUGACGGAGAAAUACGGGAAGUUGCCCGUGCAAGAGACAAGAGAGAAAUGUCGAGCAUUGGCUGAAGAACUGAUCCACAGACAGAAACUGCAGUUCACGGAUUUUGCGAUCAUGACGGACUUCGACACACGCUAUGUGACUAUGGACCAUGAAUACGAAGUGCGCCAAUUGAAGGUGUUCACCAAAUUGUUCGAGACAGGGCUCUUAUCUCGCCAGCAGAAGCCUGUUUGGUGGGGAUGUGAGACCCAGACCGCUUUGGCCGAGGCCGAGUUGGAGUAUAAUCCGGAGCAUCGGUCCACAGCGAUCUAUGUCAAGUUUCCUGUUGUGGCGGCAGAUGUCCCUGAAUGCCUUGUUACCGGACACAAAGUGAGCUUUUUGAUCUGGACGUCGACACCAUGGACAAUUCCUGCCAACAAGGCUAUCUGUAUAAACAGAAACAUGGCCUAUACGGCACUCAAACACAGCGAGACGGAAGAAUUGGUUGUAGUCGCCCAAGAGCUUGCCGACUCCAUCAUCGCACUCGAUGAGAAUUACGUAAAAACUGAUAUUAUCAUGGAAGGCUCACAGUUGGAGGGCUUGAAGUACACCAGCCCUAGUGGUCAGACCGAUGAGCAAUUCCCAAUUUUGCACGGUGAUCAUGUUGUGUCUAAUGCAGGUACCGGUCUUGUCCAUAGUGCUCCAGCCCACGGUGCUGAGGAUCACUUGGUGGGCAAAAAGCAUGGCUUAGAAGUUGCCUCGGCAGUCGACGAGAAGGGUUUGUACAUUGCCGCCAAUAUCCCAAGUGGCUACCAGCAUCUAGCUGGCAAGUAUGCAAAUGGAAAGGCUUGUAUCAAACAAGUGCUCGAGGCGCUCUCGUCUAACGACAUGCUCUUCCACGUGAACCCCAAAUUUAUCCAUUCUUACCCAUAUGAUUGGAGAUCAAAGACUCCUGUCAUUCAAAGAGCUACGCCUCAAUGGUUCAUCAAUGUGGACAAGAUCAAGGAAGUUGCCGUUUCCCUGUUAGACCAUGUUGAUUUUGUCCCAGAAGCUGGCAAGGCUAGGCUUUCUGCAUUCUUGAGAAACAGAACCGAAUGGUGUAUCUCUAGACAGAGACAAUGGGGCGUGCCUCUUCCCAUUGUGUACAGCAAGAAAACCGGACUUCCUGUUGAAGACUUGGAAACGAUCAAGCAUAUUGUGUCCAUGAUAGAACAGUAUGGCACAAAUGAAUGGUUCGUCGAGGAGGAAAAUGUCUCAAGAUGGCUCCCAGACUCUAUGAACGGUGAGGAAUACUACAAAAGUAAGGACACAAUGGACGUAUGGUUUGACUCAGGAGUUUCCUGGACAUCUUUGUUGAACAAAGAGACUUCUUUAAACGAUACGAAGCCAUUGGCCGAUGUUUAUUUGGAGGGUAGUGACCAGCACAGAGGUUGGUUCCAGUCCUCAACCUUGAAUAGAAUAAUUGCCUCCGGUGACGAAUCGGGCUUUCAGGGAGUGACUCCAUUCAAGAAAAUCAUUACCCAUGGAUUCACACUUGAUAAACACAACGAUAAAAUGUCCAAGUCAAAGGGCAACGUCAUUCUCCCGCUUCAAGUAAUCAAGGGUGGAGGUAAGCCACUAAUUCCUGCUCUUGGUACUGACGGACUCAGAUUAUGGGUUGCAUCAUCGAAUUACACACAAGAUGUGAGUGUCAGUCCCGAGGUGCUAAAGAGAGUACAAGAAAAUGUCAAGAAAUUGCGCAUUACCUUCAAAUACUUACUCGGCAACCUCCUGGAUUUCGAAAAACCGAUCGAAUACAACCUACUCAGUCCGUUGGACAAAUGGAUAUUGAACAGGCUCCACAAAUUGGCUACUGAAGUGAAUGACGCAUAUGAAACCAACAAUUACGCCAAAGUUGUGAGAGAAAUCAACACGCACAUGGCUGGGGAUUUGAGUGCCUUGUACUUCGACACAUCUAAGGAUUGUCUUUACACAGAUGCACAAGAUUCAGUGCGCAGAAGAUCCAUCCAGACAGUUCUUUCUCAAGUGCUUCGCACAUACGUAGGACUUCUUGCCCCAAUCCAGCCGAUUUUGACACAAGAAGUAUGGGACAGUUUCUUCAAAGAAAGUGAAAAAGUCGAGUCUCCAUUUAUGAAGCCUUGGAGUUUUUAUGCGGUUCCAGACCAGUAUAAGAAUGAUUGUAUCGAGCAAGAGAUGGAAGGAAUCUGGAGACUUCGUGAAGCUGCAUUCAAGGCUCUGGAGCAAUUGAGAAGCGACGGAUACUACAAAAAUAAGCUUGAGCUUGAGAUCCUUCUUGACGGAGGAGACUCCGUCAAACAGUACUUGGAAGCGCACAAGGAGUACUUGAGUGACUACUUCCUCGUUUCCGAGGUGAGGUUUGGUCAAGGCGACAGCAAUGUCAGUGAAGUGGUUCUCCCAGAGGGAGAGCUUAAAAUGUCAAUUCAGUUGACUCCUCGCAGUAAGUGUCCAAGAUGCUGGAAGCACUUAUCAGAAACGCCAGAAACCCUCUGUCACAAGUGCGAGGAAGUGAGUAAAUAG